UGGAGUUGCCGUACUCUCUGACGUCACUUCAGAGCGACAACCAACAAUGGGUCAAAGUCAGAGUGGGGGUCACGGUCCAGGAGGAGGAAAGAAGGAUGACAAGGACAAGAAAAAGAAGUACGAGCCUCCAAUUCCCACCAGAGUUGGCAAGAAAAAGAAGAAGACCAAGGGACCAGAUGCUGCCAGUAAACUACCAUUAGUCACUCCUCACACUCAGUGCCGCCUGAAGCUGCUCAAGCAGGAGCGUAUCAAAGACUACCUAUUGAUGGAGGAAGAGUUCAUCAGAAAUCAGGAGCAGAUGAAGCCUCUGGAAGAGAAACAGGAGGAGGAGAGGUCAAAGGUGGACGACCUGCGGGGGACCCCCAUGUCUGUGGGCACUCUGGAGGAAAUCAUUGAUGACAACCAUGCCAUCGUUUCCACCUCAGUGGGAUCAGAGCACUACGUCAGCAUCCUGUCCUUUGUGGAUAAGGAUCUGCUUGAGCCGGGUUGCUCUGUCCUGCUCAACCACAAGGUUCAUGCUGUGAUUGGCGUGCUGAUGGAUGACACUGAUCCCUUGGUGACAGUGAUGAAGGUGGAGAAGGCCCCACAGGAAACCUACGCUGACAUCGGAGGACUGGACAAUCAGAUCCAGGAGAUCAAGGAGUCAGUGGAGCUGCCUCUCACACAUCCAGAGUAUUAUGAGGAGAUGGGUAUAAAGCCUCCCAAAGGUGUCAUCCUGUACGGACCGCCUGGCACAGGUGAGUGCUUUUAUUAA